ACAAUUUAAACCAUUCUUUUCUGGGGCAGUAUAUAUUCCAUGAAAAGUGGAGGGCUUUUUAUACUUAUAAUACAAGAAGACGAAGAUGACCCUGUGUGUCCUCUUUAACCUUCCUAUAUAUUUCAGGAGAGUGGGAGGAAUCAAUGCAGAUUGUUUGCAUGUAGUAAGAAUAAAACUCAGGACUCCAAUGCUACAAGGCAGCAGAGAACCUGUCCGUUUUCAGUUAACAAUAGGAAUGUGUUUAGAGUGUUAAGUGUAAUGACAUACCAUAACUUUUUUUCAUAAAAAUAACCAGAAGCAGUAAUUAAACCUGUUAAAAUGUGUAAGGCUCUGUUCCCCAGCUGCAUCUCCUACCCGGUGCCUUCCUAAUGGGUGCAGCUGGGGAAUGGGGGAUGCAGCUGGGGAACAGAGCUUUACACAGUUUAAUUGAAAAUCCUCCGUUCACAGAGGGGGGCAGCAGCAGGGGGAACUCCUCCGGUCAGAGACGGGCAGGUGCAGGGGGUACUCCUCCGGUCAGAGGCAGGCGGGCGGCUGCAGGGGGUACUCCUCCGGUCAGAGGCAGGCGGGCGGCUGCAGGGGGUACUCCUCCGGUCAGAGGCAGGCGGGCGGCUGCAGGGGGUACUCCUCCGGUCAGAGGCAGGUGGGCGGCUGCAGGGAGAACUCCUCCGGUCAGAGGCAGGGGGAACUCCUCCGGUCAGAGGCAGGCAAGCGGCUGCAAGGGGAACUCCUCCGGUCAGAGGCAGGCAGGCGGGCGGCUGCAGGGGGUACUCCUCCGGUCAGAGGCAGGCGGGCGGCUGCAGGGGGUACUCCUCCGGUCAGAGGCAGGUGGGCGGCUGCAGGGGGAACUCCUCCGGUCAGAGGCAGGGGGAACUCCUCCGGUCAGAGGCAGGGGGAACUCCUCCGGUCAGAGGCAGGGGGAACUCCUCCGGUCAGAGGCAGGCAAGCGGCUGCAAGGGGAACUCCUCCGGUCAGAGGCAGACGGGCGGCUGCAGGGGGAACUCCUCCGGUCAGAGGCAGGUGGGCGGCUGCAGGGAGAACUCCUCCGGUCAGAGGCAGGGGGAACUCCUCCGGUCAGAGGCAGGCAAGCGGCUGCAAGGGGAACUCCUCCGGUCAGAGGCAGGCGGGCGGCUGCAGGGGGUACUCCUCCGGUCAGAGGCAGGUGGGCGGCUGCAGGGAGAACUCCUCCGGUCAGAGGCAGGGGGAACUCCUCCGGUCAGAGGCAGGGGGAACUCCUCCGGUCAAAGGCAGGCAAGCGGCUGCAAGGGGAACUCCUCCGGUCAGAGGCAGACGGGCAGCUGCAGGGGGAACUCCUCCGGUCAGAGGCAGGUGGGCGGCUGCAGGGAGAACUCCUCCGGUCAGAGGCAGGGGGAACUCCUCCGGUCAGAGGCAGGCAAGCGGCUGCAAGGGGAACUUCUCCGGUCAGAGGCAGACGGGCAGCUGCAGGGGGAAUUCCUCCGGUCAGAGGCAGGUGGGCGGUUGCAGGGACAACUCCUCCGGUCAGAGGCAGGCGGGCGGCUGCAGGGGGAGGGGAACUCCUCCGGUCAGAGGCAGGCAGGCGGCUGCAGGGAGAACUCCUCCGGUCAGAGGCAGGCGGGCGGCUACAGGGAGAACUCCUCCGGCUCCGGUCACAGGCACAGCAAGGAGGGCUGCAGAGGGGAACAGAGCAUUACAUGGACUCAGCGAAAAUCCUCCGGUCACAGGCACAGGGAGGGGGCUGCAGGGGGGAACGGUGCCUCACGCAGUAUCACUGAAACCCCUCUGUUUUUAAAGAGGAGGAUGCAGGGAUUGCAGAGCGCUGGCUGAAGAACAGUAAACUUCUCUAAUAAUUACCGGUAAAAAAAACACCUCUCUUCCUCUAUUUUUCGUUCUCUGUUCUUCUCCUGCACAUUUAAACGGUUGAGAUGUAAUCUCGGGAGAGUUCAGCUAUUUUUUUUUUUUCCGAUGGCUCUUUCGAGAAAGUCGGCUCGGGCACAGUUUUAAAACUACUGCUUUUGGUCAUUUUUUUUUUUUUAAAUUAUGGUAUGUCAUUACACUUAACACUCUAAACACAUUCCUAUUGUUAACUGAA